CGCUUUUAACACCACGCUUCUUCUUCUCUCUCAACCCCCGCCAUUUAAAUCUUCAAAAUUUCCCCAUCAUCUUUUGCCCUAAAUUCCACUCAUCACAAUUCACAACCACCACACUCUAUUUCACGAUGAUUCCUCACUCAUACGCCACCGACGCUCAAUCCAAAUCCGCCGACCUCGCUUCCACAAUCGUCGCCGCCUCAACGCCCGACCAAAUCGCUACAGUCUGCGCUUCCGUCGACUCAUUUCUUCACAAACACUCGCCAGACCAGUCGCGCUGGUUUUUCUCCAUCACCUUCCCCACGCUAAUCUGCAAAUUAUUCGGUUUUGAUGACCAGAAGCCCCCAAACCCUAACGCUAACGGUUGGAUUGACGUUUUAGCGACCGAGGUUUCCGAUAAGGUUUUUAGUCUGCUUUCUCCUACUGGUGCCUUAUUCACUUCUCUUACUGCUGUUGAUCGUUUAUCUCUUGUUAAAUAUGUUUUUCCUAUGGAACGCUUGCCUGAAUGGAUUCGAUUGACGUUACAGAACGCUAGUCAGUGUGAUGUUUUCUCUGAUUUAUGUCCUUUGUUCAAAGGUAGGCUUAAAGAUGGAGGUUCGUUACAGGUUCAGCUGAAUAUUUUGGAGUAUUACUUGUUUUGGUUUGUUUAUUAUCCUGUUUCUAAAGGAAGGUGUGAUAAUCGUACCUCCUCGGUUAGCUCUAGGGUUAGUAAAAGGUUUAGGUUAGAGACUUGGGCGAUUCCUGUGUUUGGUAAUGCUGGUAAACCUCGUGGAAAUGAGCCGAAGAACAGGAACGGUGGUAGUUUGUAUGUUAGGCUUUUGCAUGCUUAUCUUCGGUUUUUUGUGCCUUUGAGUGAUUUGAAUGCUCAGUCACCUUAUAGGAGUUCAUUGCUGCAUUACUCUUCUAGUUACGAUAGUUCGGUUCUUGAGAACGCGGAGUUUUUUGUUCACACGCUUGUAAAUUUCUGGAUUGUGGAUAAUGAUUUCUCACCUUUGCCGGUGAAGCAGUGCAAGUCAUUUGGGGUUGUACUACCUCUUCGGUCGGUUUUAGCUGAACUGCCUCCCACAGCUGGUUUGGGUGAGGUUGUUAAUGUGUUUGUGAAGUAUCUAAAUUCAAGUUUACUUCCAAAUAGUGUUGAGGGGUGUGAUCAGGUGGAACUUAGUAAAGCUACCAGUUGGAGGGCCACCGGUUCUGUUGAUAUGAAGUAUAGGGAUAUGUUUUCUGGUAUGGGAUCUCUUGGUUAUUGGAACUCUUGUAUUCAGAGGCCACUCUACAGGUACAUUUUGAGAACAUUCCUGUUUUGUCCGGUGGAAACUUCGGUAAAGAAUGUCUCUCAGGUGUUUUCCCUUUGGGUAAACUAUAUGGAACCUUGGGUGGUUAGUUUGGAUGAGUUUCCAGAGAUGUCUGCAAAUGCAGAUAGUUUGAAGAGAGAUUCUGUGAAGGAGGUUGAUAUAGCUCAUCCAUGUGAAUAUUCAUCAUCUUGGCAAGGCUUUGUGUUAUCAAACUACCUUUUCUACAGUUCCUUGGUUAUGCACUUCAUUGGUUUUGCUCAUAAGUUCAUUCACACGGACCCCGAACUUAUCGUGCAGAUGGUAUCCAAGGUUGUUAACAUAUUAACAGCGUCUAAGGAACUCAUGAACCUCAUAAAAAACGUAGACAUCGUUUUUCAUUCCAAUCCAGCAGGAUUAUCCAAAUCGAUGCUUAAUUCAUUAUACAGAUUUGUCCCUGCAAUCCGUGAACAGCUGCAGGACUGGGAGGAUGGCCUAUCUGAAAGUGAGGCUGAUGGAUCAUUCUUGCAUGAAAACUGGAAUAAAGAUCUGAAACUAUUUAGCACCAGUGAAGACGGCGGGCAGCAACUUUUUCAGCUUCUUGCUCUGCGUGCCGAGUCUGAGCUUCAAGUUAUUUCACAUGAAAACCUUCCUAACAACCUACAACUUCUAAGUUCCUUGAAGUCCCGAAUGGGUUGCUUAUUUGGUGGCAAUAUCAUAACAAAUCCGACCGUACUGGAAACUGGCAAACAACCUGAAAAAUCACAACAUGAAAUAUUCCGCCCUAGAACCGCUGGAAACCGCCCCACAACAGACAUAAGGUACAAGGGUGACUGGAUGAAGAGACCAAUCUCUAAAGAUGAGGUGGCAUGGUUGGCCAAUCUACUUGUGAAACUGUCUGGGUGGCUAAAUGAUAUUCUGGGACUCAACUCUCGGGAAAGCGGACAUGUGGGUCCCUCCAGACGGUCGUACGUGGAAGUUUCUGGUGACACGGGUACUAACGUUUAUGGAGCUAAGGAUACAUUGCGACUUGUAAUACGCACACUUUGCUGCUGGGUGAUGAUGUUAGGUAGUGUGGUUGUGGAACUAAUGAGAGAACAUGGUGUGAGGGUGAAUUUGAGAAUCUUAGCUUCAAAGAAAAUAGUGACGGUGGUAGUUAUGGCUAUUGCAUUUAGUACCCUCAGGAGAAUGUUUUCCAAGUUUCAUGUGAUCGAGUAACCCCUUUUCAUAUCAACCUACUUUGCUAGCUUACGCCAGCAUGCAUACUGUAAAGUUGACCUAUGAGCUUCUAAAAUCACCUUUUUGAGUAUGUAAAGUGAAGAGAAAGAUGCACUAAAACCCUAUACGUUUGCAUUAUAUAGUGCCUAAAGCAAGUUAUGGUUAUGUCAUGUGGAUGUGGUAUGAUCGUGUACAACAAGUUUUCAUGUAAACACGUGGCUCUUCUUCAUUUUAGAUAGAACCAAACGUUUUGAUCUUUGUUAGAUGAGGCUUUCAACUUUUUGCUAUUUGUUUAAAUCCAUGUACGGAUUUCUGAAGCUUACAUUCUCUUUGGAGAUAAUU